UUGGUGUCGGAACCACUGCUUCGAUAUAAAAAGGCCAUCGAAACGAUCACACACCACGAGGGUACGAAAUAUCACCAACAGAACGUGGUAGCCUCUCAAAAUUUUUUGGAUGUGAUGGAGGGGAAAUCAAUGGAUGUUGUUGUCCAAAUGAGAUCCCACGAAAUGAAAACUAUUGAAGAGAAUCGUAAAAAACUUAUACCCAUUAUAAAAACAAUUAUAUUAUGUGGAACGCAAAACAUACCCUUUUAAGAGGUCACAGGGAUGACGGUAGUUUAGAAUCGGAAAGUUCUGACGGACACGGAGAAGGCAACUUCAGAGCGUUGUUGAAGUUCCGAAUCGAUGCUGGAGAUGAGAUACUGCGUGACCAUGUAAAAACGUGUCCUAAAAACGCUUCCUACAUUAGCAAGUCGACACAAAAUGACUUAAUAGAAUGCUGUGGGGAAUUAAUCAGCAACAAAAUAGUGAACAAAAUUAAAAAGUCUAAAUAUUUUACCAUUAUAGCUGAUGAGACCACAGAUGUUUCUAUUUGUGAGCAACUAGCCGUUUGUAUUCGCUAUUUUGAUGUAGAUACAAAUGAAAUACAAGAAGAUUUUUUAAUGUUUGUCGAAGUUGUUAAACUUAGUGGUGAAAAUAUUGCUCAUCAUAUUUUGAAGGCGUUGGAAAGCCUUAAUCUAGACAUUACAUUUUGCCGGGGUCAAGCGUAUGAUGGAGGAGCCAACAUGAGCGGUAAAAUACAAGGUGUUCAGGCACGGAUAUCCAGCAUUCAGCCUUUAGCCGUUUUUACCCACUGUGCAAGCCACCGACUCAACUUAGCUCUCAGUACAGCCUGCACCGUACCCAGCAUAAGAAAUGCCGUAGGAGUAAUCUCAAGUGUAGCAACUUUCUUUCGUGAGUCAGCUCAACGAAUACAUCUCCUCAGAGAAGAAAUGCAAACUCAGCUGCCUAAGGAAAAACAAAAUAUCUUAAAGAAAAUGUGUGAGACCAGAUGGGUGGAAAGACAUGAAGCGGUUUUGACAUUUUUGGACGUUUUGCCAUGUCUACCUGACAUUUUGCAAAAAAUGGCUGAUCAAGGAAACAGGAGUGCUACAUCUCCAUUUUCGUUGCUGCAAUCAAUAAUGUCGUCAGAAUUUCUCAUAAGCCUGGUAAUUCUUUCUGAUAUUUUAGGAAUUACGCUGCCCUUAUCGCGAUCAUUACAAGCCACUGAAAUUGACAUCAUUUCUGCAGUUCAGCUUAUCACUACGACCACAGGAAGUCUGCAGAGACAACGUGACACUAGCACGACCUCAUUUAAUAAACUUUUUAAUCAGGCUGAGGCGAUCGCAAACGAAAUUGGUGCAGAAAUCACGGUCCGCAGAAUCACCGGCCGUCAAACAAAUCGGCCGAACAUUCAGACCCAGUCAGUUGAAGAAUAUUAUCGACUUUCAGUAUAUAUUCCUUUUUUAGACUAUUUGCUAAGCGAAAUGUCAUCCAGGUUCCCUAGUGCUCCCCUCCAAACAAUCGGGCAGUUGCAAAAGUUGUUGUCCCAUAACUUCAGCGAUGAAGAUAUAGAGGAUGUUUUGCGAGGCGCUGAACUAUAUAAGGAUGACCUUCCUUGUUUCUUAGCUUUGAAGGGAGAGCUAAAAAUAUGGCAACAGAUGAGAGAAAAUAUCCCAAAGACUCCAGCAGAUGCCUACAAACGAGCAACGGUUCUACCGAAUAUUAGAACUCUGUGUCAAUUGUUGUGCACGUUUCCUGUAACCACUAGCACUGCCGAGCGAUCUUUCUCCACCUUACGCCGCUUAAAGUCAUAUCUUCGGAGCAGGAUGACAGAAGAGCGUUUAAAUGGACUGGCUGUAAUGCACAUCCAUCAAGACAUUGCGACGAAAAUGGACGCUAAUGAAGUGCUGGACAUCUUCAGUAGGAAACAUAAAAGAAAACUGUCAUUAUUAAUUAUGUAA